GGCCACGUGCGCAGGCGCAGGCGCAGGCUCCCCGGCUCGCCUCUCCCCGCCCCCAGCCAUGGCGGCGCCGCGCGGCGUGAUCCGGGCCCUCCACCGCGGGACCCUCACCCAGAGGAGUGGCUCAUGAAGACUAAAGACCCAAUCAUGUGAUGCUGCUUGGCUUAAAAUAAAUAACAAAUAAGACUGUGACUUUCAUGAGAUGCACUUUGGCCACCCUGGUCUUAUGGGAAGAGUCCUCUGGAUUUUAAAUAUCUUACAACUCUAUUAAGUGGCACACUGCUAAAUACCCUGGCACUUGAAUAGCGGCAUGGAUCGAAUUUUCUCCGGUAUUCAACCAACUGGGAAGCUCCACCUUGGCAACUACUUUGGAGCCAUCCAGAACUGGGUGAGGCUUCAGGAAGAGUACAACUCCGUGUUAUACAGCAUUGUAGAUCUGCACGCUCUUACAAUAUCACGGGAGCCAGCAGUCUUGCGUCAAAGCAUCUUGGAUACUACUGCCACUCUCCUCGCCUGUGGUAUCAAUGCAGAGAAGUGCCUCCUUUUUCAGCAGUCACAGGUGCCUGAACAUGCAGAACUCGGUUGGAUUCUUGGGUGCUUAACUAGUAUGCCACGUAUACAAAGCUUUCCCCAAUGGAAGGUAAAGAAUGCCAGCCAGAAUUAUGAAGGAACCGUUGGUCUAUUCACCUACCCUGUGCUUCAAGCUGCAGAUAUUCUGCUGUACAAGUCAACACAUGUUCCUGUUGGAGAAGAUCAAGUCCUGCACCUGGAACUGGCUCGAGAUAUAGCACAGCACUUCAACAAGAAAUAUGGAAACUUUUUUCCUGUGCCCAAAGCCAUUUUAAGUACAACAAAGAAGAUAAAGUCUCUCAGGGAUCCAACAGCCAAGAUGUCCAAGUCAGACCCUCAGAAAUUAGGCACAGUCAAUAUCACAGACAGUCCAGAGGAGAUAGUUCUGAAAUUCCGCAAGGCUGUGACUGACUUCACCUCCGAGGUGACUUAUGACCCAGACUCUCGUCCUGGUGUCUCCAAUCUGGUGACCAUUCAUGCUGCAGUAACAGGACUCAGCAUAAAGGAAGUGGUGCAACAGUGUAUUGGUCUUGACACUGCACACUACAAAGGGAUAGUGGCAGAGGCAGUUAUUCAGAAAUUUGCGCCAAUUGGGAACGAAAUUAAGAGGCUCCAGGAGGACAAAUCCCACUUGGAGAAGGUUUUACAGGCUGGAGCAGAGAAAGCCAAAGAACUAGCUUCCCUUGUAUAUCAAGAAAUAAGGAGAUUAGUGGGGUUUCAAUAGAACCUACUGAAUAGUUGCAAAUUUUCUUAUUUCCUGCGAUAGCUCUUGUUCAUCAUCUCCUAUCUCAGAGUCUGAGAGAGAAUUUUUUUUCUCCUGGAAUAUCAGACAAGAACAAUCAGAGAUGAUUUUUUCAUGUGAUUAUGAUACUAUCCAAUAGGAGCCAUUCUGGAUGGCCAAAGGAAGGACACACAAUUUCCAAAGAACUCACAAAACCAGAACAGUGAAGCUGACCAAAUGAACUGCCUGUUUUCAUAGAGCAACAUAAAAAGUUGAAAUAGAAGCCACGGUCAUUGGGAUGACAGAGUUGCUGCAUUCCUGAUUACUCCAGAAGGAGAGGAAGUCACAAGCUUCAUAAAAUCCUCCCCUAUUACACACGCAACCCCACAGAGAAAGACAGUUACACUAUGCUGAAUGUGAUGGCAGAAUGUGCUUCUGGAUAACCAGAAUAAAAAUACAUACCAGAGACCUGGAAUGCCCAGGACAUUGGUAGUAGGAAAGAGAGCCUUUCACCUCAAAAUUCCCAGUUCAAAUGCAGCCUAGUUUGGUAAUGACAUGUAGUCUGUAUGAAAUGAGUUGGGCUCUUAGUCCAUUUCCUGAUAUAUAAAUGUCCAUAUUACAGAAACCACCAUGACCAUUGAAACUCGGCUUCUUUUUGGCAGUCUCAGUAAAGAAUUCAUGGAGAGAAUGGAACCUGUACCCUCUAUCCUGAACUCCCCUUUCACUUCUAAGUCAUCUUAGUAGGUCAGGGCUAAGAUACAUUGGCAGGGGACUGUCUGUGUUGGGAAGCUUGCUCUGCAGCUGUCCAUUUUGCAGCUAUUCUGUAGAGAAGUAAAGGCUCCAGCACUGUCAGUCCAGCACCAAUUACAGGAUUCAUUUUAGAAUCUCUGUCCAGCAGGGAAAUGACUUUUGGCUGGGAAACCAGAGAACUGGCUGUAAAAUUAACAAAAACUUUUUGUGUAAGUGAAUAGCUGAAUACAAAGCCAUGGUUAUGAUCAAAGCAUUUUUCUCAAAAUGAAUAGGCCUAAUAAUGAGAGCUGCACUCAGCUCCACAGAUCUUACUCCUUCCAAGCCCCAGUGAGAGAGCCCAGAAUGAGUGAGCUGCUGCUGAGGAGCAGAAGGAAAGGGAGAAACUGGCAAAAAGGAAUAAAUUAUUCUAAUGGCAAUGGAAUGGAGAGGGUAGAGAAGUGUUUAAAGCAAUGGAAAAGCAAUUAUUGUAUUGUUGCGGAGAAUUUUGCUGCAUCAGUGUGUUGAUGCUUCACAUUUGAAACCACUGUAUUAAAACUUAAACUAAGUUUAUAGUACCACAACCAUAGCAGGUACUGCAAAGAGGAAAACGCAAAUUUAAAAGUGUCUGAAACAUGUCUUCACUGUUUCUUUCUCCUGAGUUGGAAAAGGUGGAAGUUAUAUCAAGAAACUAGAGCAACUUUAUACUUGUGAGUCAACAUGAACUGAUCUUUUUUCUGUGUAAUACAGACCAAUAAAAAGCUGAUGAAUUUG